GUGCGGACCUUCUUGUUACUUCCUAGGCUGUAGCGUCUGGCCCCGCCUUUACCGACCCAGUCUUAUGUAUGCUCUAUGGUGCGUAAUGUUAUCCGAACAGUAAUGGACGAACAAGGAAGAACUGUCGAUAAUAUUAUUAAUUUGCAAGAAUCAACCAGGGAAAAACUGAAAAAGUUUGAUCAUUUAAGAGGUAGAGAUGUGCGAACUGGAGAAUUUUGGGAUCUUGUCGUUAUCACAGCGGCUGAUGAAGAGCAAAAAGAAGCAUACGAGCUUCAGAUUUCGGAGAAACAUAGGAGGAAUGAACUGCCGUUGGGCAUUCCUUAUCAUGUAUUUGCAGAUCCUCCGGGACCUAAAAUAGGCAAUGGAGGAUCUACGCUGUAUUCCUUGAAACGUUUAGAAGAGAAAUACGGACAGAAGUUACGUGGAUUCAAAGUCAUUAUGAUUCAUGCAGGAGGAUACAGUCAGCGGCUACCAAACGCCAGUGCUCUUGGGAAGAUUUUCACUGCACUUCCUGUUGGCAACCCAAUAUACCAGAUGCUGGAGCUCAAACUGGCCAUGUACAUCGACUUCCCAUUGCAUAUGAAGCCAGGUGUCCUGGUGACUUGCGCUGACGACAUUGAGCUUUACAGUAUCAGCAACACAGAACACAUUGUAUUUGACAAGCCUGGUUUCACUGCUCUUGCCCACCCUUCCCCCAUCUCUGUUGGUACAACUCAUGGGGUGUUUGUUUUGGAGCCAGAGGAAGAAUCCCAAGUCUGUGAGAUUGAGUACCGCUCCUGCAACUGUUUUCUGCACAAACCAAGCAUCAGCAAUAUGCAUGAAAGAGGUGCAGUGUGUAAGGGUUCUUCUGUGGGAAAUUCUGAAUUUGUCUACACUGACAGCACAUACUAUUUUGACUGUGCCACAGGGACAGAAUUGCUUAAUUUGCUGAAAGACAUUGGGCCUCUUAGUUGUGAGAUUGAUGCGUAUGGGGACUUUCUGCAAGCAUUAGGCCCUGGGGCCACUUCAUCAUACACUAAAAACACUAUGAAUGUUACAAAGGAGGAAAGCAGCCUUGUGGAAGUUCGACAGAAGAUAUUCAGCUGGCUCAAAGGAACACCUCUCAACGUCAUUCUUCUCAAUAACUCGAAAUUCUAUCACGUGGGAACCACUCAGGAAUACCUCUUUCAUUUCACCGAAGAUCAAGAUCUCAGGGCUGAACUUGGUUUAAUUCCAGAUGCUUUUAGCAUCUGUCCAUGUGAGGCAUCGGGAAAAGCAGAAGUGUGUGUCAUGCACAGCAUCCUGCACCCUAGUUGUACCGUAGGGCCCGGGACAGUUAUUGAGUAUUCGAGGAUCGGCAGCCGCGUGACUAUAGGCCGGCGCUCCAUAAUUAGUAGUUGCUGGAUAGACGAUGGCCAGUGUUUACCCUCUGGUGUCUUCAUGCACUCGCUCAGUGUGAAUGUGGAUGGCACGACCGGCUUUGUGACCGUAAUGCUUGGAAUAGAGGACAACCUUAAGCGAAGUGUAACAUCCCUCUCAGACUUGAACAAACUGCAGCUCUUCGGAACCAGCCUGGUCAAAUGUCUGGACCGGUGGGGCUUGGGUGCUGAAAGCCUGAAGUUCACUGAUGUCAGUUCCAGCCUCAGUUUAUGGAAUGCCAGACUAUUCCCAUUGUGCUCUGACCAAAGAAGUUCAUUCACAAUUUCACUAGAGAUGAUGUCCUCUGUGUACAACACUUCCAGUUUCAAAUGUCCCAAAGACCUCAAAUUUCUGUCUCUGCAAGAGAUAUUACAGUGUAAGAAUUUGGAGGAGAUGCUAAAAUUUCGGAACAAGCUGUUCGAUGAUAUAUGUCAGAAAAAAUCAGGAUGCAAUUAAAUGCGCUUGUCUUCACUUAAAAAUCAUGUAAAAAUGGUCAAAGGUAUUUGUUCAGGUGAAUCGUUUUGAAACAGUUAUAUAUCUGAUCAGUUUUUGUUAUGAUUUUUAAUUAACUGAUUUCUGGAUAUUUGAAGUUGCUCAAUCAAGUGGAGGGGUGCAAGAUAUUUUAUGUGAGAGGCACAAUAAGCUGAAAGAGCUUCAAUGUAUCUUGGACAUGGGCGUCUUGUUUCAGAUUUUUAUGGAUAAACCUAUCUGAACCUCAUUAAACCUCAUUGAAAUUAA